AUGAUCCCCCCGUGGCACGGGCGCACCUGCAGCAGGCGGUCCUCCGUGGUGGCGGGCAGCAGGCGCGCCACAAAGAGCGUGCAGGCCGCUUCCAUGGCCGCCGCGCACGGGUCGUCUGCGCGGUUGGCGCCCCCACGGGAGAGGAGGAGGAGAGGGAGCAGACGGGGGGAAGCGGGAGGGGAGAGAUUGGAGGGGAUUGUGAGCGAAGCUGAGGAGGAGGUAUGCGCGCUGUGGGAAGAUAUUCUCUGCCUCAUUAGGAUCGUCCUCAGUUCCCUCCCUCUCUCUCGCGCGGCUGCUGCUCCUGCGUCUCUCCCUCUCCCUUUCCCGCUCCCUCCUCCCUUCCCCUUCCCUCUCCCCAUCCCACGCACUCCCCCUCUCCCUUCCCCUAUCCCUCUCACUGCCCCUCUCCCAAUCGCUCUCCCUCUCCUUAACCCGCUCGCUCCUCCUUUCCCUCUCCCUCUCCCCAGCCCACUCACUCUCCCUCUCCCUUUCCCGCCCCCUCCUCCUUUUCCCCUCCCUCUCCCCAUCCCACGCACUCUCCCUCUCCCUUUCCCUCUCCGUCUCACUGCUCCUCUCCCCUUCACACUCCCUCUCCCUUUCCCGCCCUCUCUUCCUCUCCCUCUCCCCAUACCCAUCCCGCUCCCUCUCCCUCUCCCUCUCUCCCUCCCUCUCCCGCUCUCCCUCCCUCUCCCGCUCUCGCCUAUUGUCCCGGCCCUUCCUGACCCGUUCAUCAUUUUCCCCUACCCCGCCCUCUGUCUCUCCUCUUCUCCGCGCAUGCUGUCGCCCGUCCUCCCCCUCCAUCCACCCCUCUCGACCCUGUUUCGACUCUCUCCUCUCCCCAGGCGACCCAGAACGCCUCUUUCUAGCGCUCCGCCGUCCCGUCGAAUCCUCCUGCUUACUCCACUCCAUAACGCUACUCUCACAUUGUCCCUCUCUUCCCUCCACCCGUCUUAUGUACUGCAGAUUGAAGACCGCAAGGAGCGCGCGGAGCGCCAGGCGCAGGAUCUGAAAGGGCGCCUGGAGCACGCGCAGGAGCGCGGGGAGAAGGCGAGCGAGGAGUUCCGCAGCGAGGCGCAGCGGAUGGGCGAGCAGGCAUGGAACCAGGCGGAGCACGCCGCAGAAGGCUUUCAGUCACAGGCGCAGCGGACGGGAGAGAAGGCGCAAGAGAAAGGGCGCGAGGCGGGGCAGUGGGCGCAGGACACGGGGGAGAGCAUCCUGAGCGCGGGGCAGAGGUCCGCGGAGCAGGCGCGCGAGAGGUUCGAGGAGCAGCGCGAGAAGGCUGCCCGCGCGGGGGAUGAUGCGCGCACCAAGGCGUCCGAGGCGGCGGACAGGCUGAAACAGAACACGCAGGAAAGCUGGGACCAGACCAAGGAAGCUGGGGAGAAGGUUCGUGGGCGCGCGGGGGAAAUCGGGGAGAACCUGCGCGACCAGGCGCGUGAUGCUGCGCGCAGGGGGCAGGAGACGGGGAGGAAGCGAAGGAGCAGGCGGAGGGGCUGA